CCGCCGCGCCCCGAUUGGCCGGCGGAACGCGCCGCGUCACAAUGGAGCCGGUUGGAGGCGGUGAGCCUGGCAGCGCUGGGGCUUCCCGCUGAGCCCGCAGCAGCCGGCAGCAAGGAAGUGCGGGCGCGGGGCCGCCGCCGGCGCGCCCGGAGCGGCGCGGGGCGCACCCCGCGAGGAGCGCCGGAUCCCGGGGCCGGAGGCACGCAGGAAUUUUUCAAAUAGAAACUAAUUGCAGAGUUUCCGGUUGACCAGGCAUUCAUAGGAAUGAAGACAAUCACAGAGAUGGUGUGUCUAAGAAAUUUCAAAAGGUGUAGGCCUCCUGACUGAAGCACAGUCAACUUAUUGGAUUCAUUUUUUUUCAUUAUAUUUCUGUCCUCCUACAAGGGAAAGUCAUGAUUACACUAACAGAGCUAAAAUGUUUAGCAGAUGCCCAGUCAUCUUAUCACAUCCUAAAACCGUGGUGGGACGUCUUUUGGUAUUACAUCACCCUGAUCAUGCUGCUGGUGGCCGUGCUGGCUGGAGCCCUCCAGCUCACACAGAGCAGGGUUCUGUGCUGUCUUCCGUGUAAGGUGGAAUUCGACAAUCACUGCGCCGUGCCUUGGGACGUCCUGAAAGCCAGCGUGAACACGUCCUCCGAUCCCGGGAUGCCGCUUCCGCCCCCCCUCAGAAUCCAGAACGACCUCCACCGACAGCAGUACUCCUACAUCGACGCCGUGUGUUAUGAGAAGCAGCUCCACUGGUUCGCAAAGUUCUUUCCCUACCUGGUGCUCUUGCACACGCUCAUCUUUGCAGCCUGCAGCAACUUUUGGCUGAACUACCCCAGUACCAGUUCCAGGCUGGAGCAUUUUGUGGCCAUCCUUCACAAGUGCUUCGAUUCUCCAUGGACCACCCGUGCCCUGUCAGAGACGGUAGCUGAGCAGUCAGUGAGGCCCCUGACGCUCUCCAAGUCCAAGGUUUUGCUUUCUCCCUCAGGGUGCUCAGCUGAUGUGGAUUCCAACAAGCAGUCAUUGCCCUACCCGCAGCCUGGCUUAGAGUCAGCUGGCAUAGAAAGCCCAACUUCUAGCGUCCUGGACAAGAAGGAGGGCGAACAGGCCAAAGCCAUCUUUGAAAAAGUGAAGAGGUUCCGCAUGCACGUGGAACAGAAGGAUAUCAUUUAUAGAGUGUAUCUGAAGCAGAUAAUAGUCAAAGUCAUUCUGUUUGUCCUCAUCAUAACUUACGUUCCGUAUUUUUUAACCUACAUUACUCUUGAAAUUGACUGUUCAGUGGAUGUGCAGGCUUUCACUGGAUAUAAGCGCUACCAGUGUGUCUACUCCUUGGCAGAAAUAUUUAAGGUCCUGGCUUCAUUUUAUGUCAUCUUGGUUAUACUCUAUGGUCUUACCUCCUCCUACAGCUUGUGGUGGAUGCUGCGGAAUUCUCUGAAGCAAUAUUCUUUUGAGGCGCUGAGAGAAAAAAGCAACUACAGCGACAUCCCGGAUGUCAAGAAUGACUUCGCCUUCAUUCUCCAUCUGGCGGAUCAGUAUGAUCCCCUUUACUCCAAACGCUUCUCCAUAUUCCUGUCGGAGGUCAGCGAGAACAAACUGAAACAGAUCAACCUCAACAACGAAUGGACGGUCGAGAAACUGAAAAGUAAGCUUGUGAAAAAUUCCCAGGACAAGAUAGAACUGCAUCUUUUCAUGCUAAACGGUCUUCCAGACAAUGUCUUUGAGCUGACAGAAAUUGAAGUGCUAAGCCUGGAGCUGAUCCCUGAGGUCAAGCUGCCUUCUGCAGUCUCGCAGCUGGUCAACCUCAAGGAGCUCCACGUGUACCAUUCGUCCCUGGUGGUCGACCAUCCUGCCCUGGCCUUUCUAGAGGAGAAUUUAAAAAUCCUCCGCCUGAAAUUUACUGAAAUGGGGAAAAUUCCACGCUGGGUAUUUCAUCUGAAGAAUCUCAAGGAACUUUACCUGUCAGGCUGUGUUCUACCUGAGCAGGUGAGUACCAUGCAGUUGGAGGGCUUUCAGGACUUGAAAAACCUGAGGACCCUCUACUUGAAGAGCAGCAUCUCCCGGAUCCCACAAGUCAUCACAGACCUCCUGCCUUCGCUGCAGAAGUUGUCCCUCGAUAACGAGGGGAGCAAGCUGGUUGUAUUGAACAACUUGAAAAAGAUGGUCAAUCUGAAAAGCCUGGAGCUGAUCAGCUGCGACCUGGAACGCAUUCCGCACUCCAUUUUCAGUCUGAACAAUUUGCAUGAGUUAAACCUCAAAGAAAAUAACCUUAAAACUGUGGAAGAGAUCAUUAGCUUUCAGCAUCUCCAGAAUCUUUCCUGCUUAAAGUUGUGGCACAAUAACAUCGCUUAUAUUCCAGCCCAGAUUGGGGCAUUAUCUAAUCUAGAGCAGCUCUCUUUGGACCAUAAUAACAUUGAGAAUCUGCCCCUGCAGCUUUUCCUAUGCACCAAACUAUAUUAUUUGGAUCUAAGCUGUAACCACCUGACCUUCAUUCCAGAAGAAAUACAGUAUCUGAGUAAUUUGCAGUACUUUGCUGUGACCAACAACAACAGAAGAACUUUGCCAAUCUCUGUUCUAGUCCACUGCCUUCACUUUGCUGAUACUGAAACUGAGGCUCAGAGCAAUUUGCCUGAGGUCCGACGCUUCCCAGUGAUGGAUCUGGGAUGGAACCCACGUUCCGGCUCCUGCUCUAGUGCUCUUUCUCCUACAGCUCAGAUGCCUCAGUCCAGAUGAUGCUCCACGGGAAGCAGUGGUGUGUGUAGAUGAUGGGAGAGGAAGAGACAGCGUCCACCUCUAUCCAGUGCCAAAGUGUAAUUGGAUGAUGAUGGUGUUGAAUGUGACGGAGAAGCACAGGAGAGGGGGAGGAUUUAAUAACCUCCCUCAAAUCUUAAAAACCACUCCAGUUUACACCUAGGUCUUCCAGUUUCUCCAUUUCUGCAUUUAAUGCAACUCAAAGACUUUAGCCCAGAAGGUGAAUAAUGUAGAAAUUCCUUCUGCAGAUCAUUUAUGUGGCAAUGCUCCUUGUUGGUUUUGGUAUUACCACUUAGAUAUGGGAAUAUUCAGCUUUGCUUCUUGAAAUGAUUGGAUUUUAUAGAUUCAGGUUGACAUGUUCCGAGAUAGCAUGUGUCAAUGGCCAGAAAAAUAGGAAAUCUUACACUGAAAAGAAUUCUGAAAUGAGGUCCCAGCCUCUGAGAAACAGUGGAAUAUUUAAUUAUCAAUGUCAGCCAUGAAUAUAGGAUGAGAACCAUCCUUCCUUGGAUGUUCUGGGGGCUUCAGUACAUUUUGUUGAAAGUAUUUGGUUGCCAGAGAAUUCUAGGAUAUAGAGUGAUAAUGUAACCAUAGUGAGUUUUUUUUUCAGUUUAUUUCAUAGUUUAUUAAAUAUAUGUAAUACAGUUUAUUCUAUAAAACCAUUCUGUUGAUAUAGUUUAUCAUCUGAUAGUCUGUAAACAUUUCUUUUGAUUUUUUGAGAAGAAAUCAGUGGUCCACUGGGGAAAUUUUUUCCUUUCUGGCUCAUGUAUUAUAUGGUUUAAGAAAGAGCAUGCUAAAUGAAUUCAGUAUAAAUAAAUGCUAUCUAAACAUUUUUAAAAAAUUUAUUGGCUCAGGCAAAAUUUGUAAGUCGAUUUUUCAAGAUAAAACUGCCGACUUGAAAGAAAGUCUUGAGUCUCUAACACAGCUGCCCAGCCUCCUUUAGCAAAAUUGAAUUCCAGUACGUGAGUUAAGGCCCUGUGCUUGAGCUGGGUGAUGAUGCUGGGAGAAAGCCCCUGAGACGGAUACUUACCGCUCCGGAAGUGUGCCACUAACCACGGUCCUUAACUCACUUUUACGACACAACGGAGGGGCCAACCCCAGAGGCUCGCUCUCAUUGCCUGGUGAAAUCCCUCGCCUGUACUCUGGGGGCUGAGAAGAAGCUCAAAUCACAAAUUCAGAGAGAUGAAAGAAGAUGGGUGAGACGUGGUAGUGUUGACAGCCAGACAGAAGGAGAAUGAGGACAACGGCUUUAGGGUCUCCACUCAAUAGGAAAUCAGUGCAAUCAAGCAAGGCACCUGCUGGGGCCUGGAAGCUGAAUGAGGAAGGGAGAUUGGGAUUCCUUGAUGCAGCCCUGGUUAAGGCACUCUUCUUCCUAACAGCCAUUGUAGACUAAUGAUUUCUAUAAUUGUUUCAUACUUCUCUCCCCCGUUAGACCAGUGCUUCUCAAAUGGGGGCAAUUGUACCCUGCGGAAGACAUUAGUCUAGAGACAUUUUUAGUCGUCACAACUAGAGAGGGGAGUGGCACUGGCAUCUAGUAGGUAGAGGCCAGAGAUGCAGCUAAACAUUCCACAAUGCACAGGACAGCCCCACAAAAAGAAUUAUCCCACCCCAAAUGUCAACAGUGCCAAGGUUGAGAGACCCUGCGUGGAUCUUAAAGACCCAUCUGUCUUGCUCAGCACUUUAUCCCCAACGCCUAGCUGGGAACCUGGCACAAAACGAGGCUCCCAGCAGGCAUUCACUGAAUACAGGUGAGCGAAGUCUUCCCUCUUCCCAGCCUCUUUGCCUAAGUCACUCCUUCUGCACCAGCAGGCACUCUCAACCGUGAGCACAUUGCACAGGACUGAUCAUUCCCUCUACUUGUACGUCAGUGACACUACUUUUGAGCUGCAGAUAAUCUCUAAUCAGAAGGAAGUUACAUUUCUUCUGUCUCUCAUCUCUCUGUCAUAUCUCUAUACUGAAAUUGACAUAUCUAUGGUUUUGCAUCUGCAUUCUUAAGAAGGAAUGAAAUAAAAGGGUAGAUAUUUUCCUUUGCUUAUACCUAGUAUUUUGGUGUAGAAUGAUGAGCUAUAAUGCAUGGCUGACUUAGCAACAGUGAUCAUUAGAUUUAUUUUCAAGGAUAGCCAGUACUGAGUGUAUAUGUGGGUGAUGGAGGAGAAGGCAAUUUCCAACAUAAUGAGCAUUUUUGAAUGCAAUUUGACCAAUUUUUUUAUGCUGUAUAGGGAAUGUUUAUCCUUUUGAAGAGACAGUUCUGGAAGGCCCCGGAAGUUCCAGCAGAGAACUGGCUCAGUGGGGCUACACUAGCCCAUCAGAGGAGCAGAUUGAAAUCUGGAGCGCCCCUUUCAUCCCUGUUUCUAACAAAGCCACUUCCGGAACAAAGGAGCCUACAUUGUUUCAUAGUUGCAAAGAUGCCUGGUCCAGGCCUAUAUAAAUAUGGGGAACGUUACAGGGUGGGGUGCAUGCAAUCCAGCUCUUCCUGGAGCGCACUUGCCCGUCAGUGGCAGGAUGAGAGCUGAGGACAUUGAGUGUGCUCAGCCCUUCUCUGGGUGUCUUUCCCCAAUAAACCCUAUUUCAUAUACACACUAUGGCUCCCUUAGAAACUCAAAUGCAACCUUCCCACCAAAUAGGGGAGCAGUUCAGUUGAGCAGCUGUAGGAGUUGACCUAAUUGCAGGCUAUUUAUCUUAUUUUAAAUGAUUUCUCUGUGUCGUAUGACUUAAUUGAAACUCAGAGAGCAGGAAGAAGAGUAAAUACUCGUGAGUGUGUAUGCAGAGGGGAAUGAAAUGUGCAUGUAUAGAUUGUCAUAUCUUGCAUAGAUUGUAUAUCUGUAGAUUGUGUAUCUAUAUCUGUUGUAUAUCUGUAGAUUGUAUAUCUAUAUCUAUAGAUUGUCAUAUCCUGUAUAGAUUGUAUAGAUUGUCAUAUCUUCUUGUCUCUACUCCUGUCAACUUUUUUUUUAACAGAGUAAAGUUUUCAGUCUCUACUGUGAAACCCUAAAAAAUAGCCUUGUGUGGGUUCUCGGGAUGUUUUUGAGGGUAUAGCUCAUUAUCCCAUACAGUAAACUCGUUAUGAGGACUCUUGAGAUCCCUGAUUUCUGACUAGGACUCAAGAGUAAUUAGGCUUCUCCUCAGUCACUGGUUUGUUUUUUAUCUCCGGGACAAUGAGUAUGUAACCGAUUAGGUUUCCUUUGAGAAUUGAGAGUUGCUUGUUAGAAUGUUCAGAGCCAAAUCUGUUGCCCACCCAUAUACAGCAGGGGUUUAUAGAAGUUCAUGGUAGCCUCAAUCCUGACUCCAUGUCAGGAUGUCCGUAUUUUUCCUUUAUCUUUCCCAUCUACUUCAAGUGUAUCAUCAUUGUUAUAUGUACCUCUGUAAAAUGUUUUGGGGAAAAGGUAGGGGUAUAAAUAAAUAGAUGUAUUAUGGUAGGCCAUCAAAAACCAGUUUUACUGGCUUCUUUUUUU